AUGAGUAGUUAGCUUCCACCUCACGUUUAACUGCAAGAACCAUUAGAAAUAGAAACCCAAACUAAAGAAGAUGAUAAUAGAGUGGAAAUUAUAUAAAAAUAAUAAGAGGAUAUUGAAAAUAAUUUAAGUGCACCGUCAAAUAAAGAAAAUGAUUGCAUCAGAAUUAUGAGGAAUUAUGGUUAAAACUACCCAAGAAAUUUCGGAAAAUAUUGUGUGUUUAGAUUUAGAGACAACGAACCCACUAUCACGAUAGGUCCUCAUUGGCCAUUGUUUUUAUUUACAUACAUCAUUUUAUCAUUAGCCAGUUAUAAGUUGAUAGAAUACACAAUUGAGUUCUUCUCUUUCAUAUACUGCUUUUUUUCAAUAUUAAUUUCAGCUACUCUUCUUAUAUCCUAUAUGAUAACAGCAUUAAAAAAUCCAGGCAUAAGCUCUGCAAAAUAUCAAAUACUUAACGAAUAAGACAUACUUGGUAUAAAGAGAUAUUGCAAACCCUGUUAAAUUCUAAGGCCUAAAGGAACUACUCACUGCUAUGAUUGUGAUGUAUGUAUUUAAGAAUACGAUCAUCAUUGUCCAUGGACUGGUAAAUGCAUAGGACAUGGAAAUUUACAAGUUUUCUAUAUAUUUGUUAUGUCUGUAAUGACAUUUAUGAUUUAUUCAAUUUUACUGGUAUUCAGUAAAUUAUGA